AUGCGUGAAAACGGCAUCCCCACCGAUUCGCUCGAGAGCGGAAAGCGCAAGAUUCUCGUCGUCGACGAUGACGAAGAGUUGGUCGAACUCAUCACCGACGUUCUCGAUCGCGACGGCCGUUUCGAAACCCGCACCGUCAACAACGGGUUCGACGCCGGCAUGAUGGUCAAAGACUAUCGUCCCGACCUUAUCGUGCUCGACGUGAUGCUGCCUGAUAUCAACGGUAAAGAAGUUUGCCAGCGGGUGCGCAGCGACCCUUCGAUGGAUGAAGUGAAAAUCAUUUGCAUCUCCGGAAUGGUCGAAGCGGACAAGAUCGGCGAACUCAAGGAAGCCGGCGCGAACGACUUCAUGCAAAAGCCGUUCGAGGUGGAAGCCUUGAUCGAUCGCAUGUGCCGACACCUGGAAAUCGAGUCGGCGUACGCAUCAGCGGCCGAACCAAGAACCCUCGCCCAACUAGCAGGCUGGUUCACCACGCACGCGGUCAAUCCCUUGGCAACCAGCGAGUUGCUCACUUGGAGCGAUCAAUGCGCAACCACAGCUCACCAAGCCCAAGCCAGCACCACCUCCUGGCAAGCCGAAGCCGGGCGCCUGACCGCGGCUGCCCAGCAUCUGGCCACUGCUUCACACCACCAGGCCGUGCAAGCCGCGCACCCGCAUCCCGACGAAGUCUCACUUGUCGCGUUGCUUUAUCAUCACCGCGAGUGGUUCGCCCUGGCCGACCCGGCAUCUGCGGACUGGGGCCAUCCGCCUAUCCCACCGUGGCUUACUCAAGAGUAUGCGGCGCUUACCAACCCACCCGAGGCAUCACCCAGCGGAAUCGCCACCUGUAUCAAAGCGGCACUUACCCAACCGGCUGAGGGUCUGCAACACCUUCAACCAGAAGUAAUCGACGUCUGGAAAGACACCGCCUCCUCGUGGUCUCGCCUACUACCGCAAUUGGCCCAGCAAACGUCGCGAGUGAACCAGCUUGAGCAACACUUCGCAGAGCAACUCGAAGUUGAGAAGCUCGAAGCCAUGGCCGAACUUGCCGCCGGGGCAGGGCACGAAAUCAACAACCCCCUCGCGGUCAUCUCCGGUCGGGCGCAGCUUCUGCUUCGCGAUGAACACGACCCGAGCCGAAGACGGGCGUUGGCCUCCAUUCAUGCCCAAGCACUCCGGGUGCAUGAAAUGAUCUCCGACCUCAUGCUCUUCGGUCGUCCGCCACAGCUCGAACUCCAGUCGAUCGAUCUCGUCGAUGUAUUGGACGAACUCACCUCCGAUCUAACGACCAUCGCGGAACCCCGCCGCAUCGAUGUGGCCACCGUAGUCCACGCCGCCGAGCUACCGCUACAAGCCGACCCCGUACAGCUCACUGUCGCACUCAGGGCCAUCACCGACAACGCCGUCGAAGCGAUCGGCGAGGGCGGCCAGAUCCGCAUUGAGGUUUCCGCAAUCGAGUUGGCCACUGACGUUGCUUCUAAUCCGGUGCGGCAUAUCGAAAUCGCCAUUCGCGACGACGGGCCGGGGGCUGGGCUUCGGGCUUACCAAGUGUUGGCGGAUCGUCACGGCCCAUGGCGGCCAGAUCGACGUCACGAGCGAACCGGGGCACGGCACCGAGUUCCGCAUCGUGCUCCCGACCGCCGAAGUGCCGCAGCCGCAACCCGUCAUCUCGGGCGAGCGGUCAUGAUGGGCGAGGGACCAACGUGGCUUAGCGUCUUGCCCCCGUUGGUUGCCAUUGUGCUGGCGAUGGUCACCCAUCGCGUGAUCCUCUCACUCACAAUCGGCGUCUUGAUCGGCGUUUGGCUCACCGUCGACAGUUCACUCACGGCCACCAUCCCCGCGGCCCUCAACGAGCAUCUCUUCCCACAACUGCUCGAUCGCGAUCAUCUGUUCGUGUUCGCGUUCACAUUGCUGAUGGGGGCAAUGGUCGGGGUCGUCACUCGCUCCGGUGGGAUGCACGCCCUAGUCGAUGCCAUGUCCCGUUGGGCAUCAAACCGCCGCCGCGGUCAAAUCAUGACGUGGCUGCUCGGGAUGAUCGUUUUCUUCGACGAUUAUGCAAACGCCCUGCUGGUGGGCAGCACCGUGCGUCCCUUGGCCGACCGGCUUCGCAUCUCGCGAGAGAAGCUGGCCUACCUGGUCGAUUCAACUUCGGCCCCCGUCGCCGGCCUGGCAUUGGUUUCCACCUGGGUCGCCGGCGAAAUCAGUUAUGUGCAGGAAGGGCUAACCCAACUCGGCGGUCAGGCCGCAGAGGUCUCCGCGUUCAACGUUUUCAUCGAGACGAUUCCCUAUCGCUUCUAUCCCCUGUGGGCCUUACUCUUCGUCGCCCUCAUCGCCUGGACCGGACGCGACUGGGGGCCCAUGGCCGUGGCCGAGGAGAACGCCCUCGCAGGAUCGGCCCCAGGACUUAACGUUUCCACCCCGGGCCGCGAUCGCUUGGAGCCAACGCCCGACACACCGCGUCACUGGUUCAACGCCGUGGGGCCCAUCGUCUUGUGUGUCAUCCUGGCCGCCGCAUGGUUGGUCAUCAGCGGGCGACAAUCACUCGCUGCCGACGGGGUGCAGACCACCUCACUCAUUGAAAUAGUCGGCAACGGCGAUUCGUACGAGGCGCUGCUAUUGGGCUCCGCCGCAGGGCUAGCGCUGGCUGCUUUACUCGUCGCCGUGGGAAGAUUGAUGCCCCUCUGGGGCUUCGCCGAAGCCACCGCCAUCGGGGCCUGGCACAUGAUGCCGGCCUUGGCCAUCUUGUGGCUCGCCUGGACCCUCUCGGGCUUGACCGGCUCGGAUUACCUCGGCACCGGAGAGUACCUCAGCAGCCUGAUUCACGACCGCGUGAUCGUCGAACUGCUUCCCACCGUCGUCUUCAUUCUGGCAGCUUUCGUGGCCUUCGCUACCGGGACCAGUUGGGGAACGAUGGGCAUGCUGGUGCCCCUGGUCAUCGAACUCACCUACCAGGCCCUUGCCGCCGAAGUCGCCACUAACAUUACGGCCCACCCCAUCUUUCUCGCCUGCGUAGGUAGUGUGCUGGCCGGCGCCAUCAUGGGCGAUCACUGCUCGCCCAUCUCCGACACCACCAUCCUCUCCUCCCGCGCCAGCCAGUGCGAUCACGUCCAACACGUUCGCACCCAAGCCCCCUAUGCCCUAGUCGUCGGAGUAGCCGCCAUCGCACUAGGCACGCUUCCCAUAGGCUGGGGCAUCCCCGUCUGGCCGCUACUAGUGAUCGGCCCCGUGGCACUCUGGGCGGUCUUGCAAUUCGUCGGCAAGAAAAGCGGUGAAAGCUGA